AUGAUAAAUUAAAACACCGCAACUGUAAUAAAAACAUACAACCCUGCAGAACUGCAUAAAGUGAAAGAUAAUGAAGUUUUAUCAAAAAUGAAUUAUCUUUAUUAAGUAUCCUUGGCCAUUAAAGAACAAUCUGCUGAUCUUUCUAAUUUUUACUUAAAAGAAUUUGCUCUCAAUGCAUAAAAGAGAGUAAUUAGGGUUGAUAAGGAAAUUUCUAAGGACUACUGUAGAAAAUGCUUAUAGUUUUAUGAAAAAAGUAAAUUCCAAAUAGAAAGAUAAGGUAAUAAAGUGUUUCUUUUGAAAAAGUGUUCUAUUUGCAAGAAGAUAAGAAAGCAAUUUUUAUCCAAGAAGGAGAGUAUUAAAAGAGAAAAUGAAGAAUUUUUAAAAGCAUAAGGAGAUAUAUAAAGUGAGAAAAUCUAGGAAGAGUAGGAACAAAAAAAUAAGGAAUAGACCUCACAAUAGGAUAAAAACAGCGAAGUUUGA